AUGGCGGACGACGAGGAUGGAGGAGUGGAACGCGCAAAAGAAAGAUGUUCUUUGUUAAAGGCGCUCAAACGAACAGUUAAUCGGCUUAUAAUAACGGACACAGAAAACAACUGGGGUAUAUUAGAGGUUCAAGAAAGAAUCAUCGAUGAUAUAGUACGCAUACUUAGGCACGGACAAAGAGGCAAACAAGUAAGCUAGCGUAAUCUAGUCUAGUCAGCUUUAUACAUGGAAGUAAAACAUGCGCAAACGAAAUUUUGCCUUGAGUGAGAAUUUGUAUGAUAGCUUGAUAACGAUUUACCCAAAGUACAUUUAAUAUUGCGUUGGCGAUGAGAUGUGGUUUGCGAAAUGUAAAGAUUAGAUUUCAGUUUCAACUGACCAUGAUGCGUCUCUUACUUUUAUUUCAUCUCGAUUAAAGCAAAGGUUAAACAGAGUUAAACAGUUAAAGGAACGUGAAAAAAAAAUUACAAAGUACAGUCAACUGUGGAUAGGAAUCAGUGUUGAAAGGCUUUUAUUCUCAAGUAUUGACUCCAUACUGCUACAACCUCAGUCCUACAUCACAUUAUUUGGUGUAUCACUCUUAAAAAAACACAAGGUACAUAAUGUCUUCAUCUUGCUUGCUCAUAGGCAAGAUGAAAGGAAUCAUGUAAUUUGAUAGGCUAUACAAGUGGGUGAAAUGGGCCUAUGUUGCCCGCUUUUGAUUACUCAAUUUCCAAUUCUUUUGUUUUCGUCCCAUACAGCUGUAUGAAACUUAAAGAAUUGUUUUCUCUGAAGCAAUGCCAGUGUGGCAGUGAGCAGACUUCAUACUAAGCUAAAUCAUAAUAAGGAAUUAACCACAAGGAAACCAGAGUAGAAAAAAUACAGUACCGUUCAAAAGUAAUUUACCAGUUGAGACUCAUUUCCUGCGCGAUGAGAAUUGUAUUGCUCGCUACAUGAUUCUUAGCAUGUGCAAUUAGAAUCGCAUAGCCCGUUAAACACUGAAGUGGUAAUUUUUGGCAUAAAUUACUAACGACACGUCCAGCGAGAAACCAACUAAAAAUUUUGCUUAGCAUUACGUCAAAGACUGAGGAAAACGUGUGUUACAUUUAGUGUUAAGUUUCUUGGAAGAAGAUUUCUUUUAGCUUGUCAUUUGCACACUGUUUAGUUUUCGGCUUUGUUUGCGAUCAACAUUUGACACUGCACUUGAUCAUGACUUUUUGUUUGCCAAAACCUGAAAACGGCUUCCACUUUCCUUGAUUUUUUGUAUGAGCAAACUAAUGUGAGAAGAACCAAAUACACUGAAAUCGCUAGCGAUGAGUUUCUCCACUAAAAAAAUUUGUCAGCUCUUUUGAUAUGUGUAGUUAUCAUUCACGUGUAGCAGCAACUUUUGUGCCCACAAGAUCUCAACAACACUGGUAAAAAUUCAGCUUGGUGUUACUGUAUGAUCACGAAAUAAUGUGAGCUUAAUAAACUUGUUCUUUAUAGCUUUUUUAAACAGUCACUACUUGAUUUAUGAAAGAAAGCUGUCUAGAAUUUAACAAGUUUAAUACAGUGGGCAUGCAAAUAAGACAACAGUGCAUUUGUUAUUGUUUACACGUAGUCGCAACUUUCACCGACGAGAUAUCAACAACAUCGGUAAAACUUUCGGUGUAUGAUCACGAAAUAAUGUUAGCUUAAUUUGUUCUUUGUAGCUUUUUAUGUGGAACACUUGAUUUAUGAAAGAAAGUUGCAUGAAUUUAACAAAUUACAGUGGCCAAAUAAGACAACAGUACAUUUGCUGAACAGCAAUUUUUUUUAUGAGUUAUUAAUGAGUUUGACUGGAGCUCUCAUAACCUCUAUUGUUUUACCAUGUGGUCGCUUAUGAGAGGUCACUCUCAAGGAAAAUUGGUUUGAGUUCUCAAGGGUAAAAUUACAUAGAAAUGAUUGAGCUGAAGGGAAACAAAAAAGAAAAUACUUCAAGUUAGCAGGAAGUUCGAGCAAUUGAGUGUUCCAAUAACCUCAGGUAAUAUUACAGUAAAUGUAUGAAGGCCAUCCAGGAGAAAUUGAUUUUGGUUUGAGUCAUCAUGGGUUUGAGUUAUUGGGAGGUGACUGUAGCUGCAAUUAAGAUGUUGCCAGCUGGCUGAGGCAAAAAGAAGUUUGUGCGUGCAUUUGCCUCAUUUUGGGACUGUACUGUAUGCAUGCCCAUACGAUUACCUUCUGCCUUAUUUUUCUGUUGAGGGUCACAAAUUCUCCUACAGUACCUUCAUUCCAUUCCCUUUAGGUGACUUUGGGAUUUAGACAAUCAGCACUGUCUAUUUUCAUUGUGUGCUAAUUGUACAGAUUGUAUCCUGUUAAUAUGAUUUUAUUGCUUGAAAAACAGAAUCAGAAUAGGAGUGUGAUAUUUUUUUAGGGAUUUGAUUAUUCUAUUUUUCUAUCUUCCAGUGUUUGAACCUUAUACUAUUUACGUAGUACUGUGUUAUUAAAAAGUUAAUAAUGUUUUCUACCCUCUAUUACACAAGUUUCAAUUCCUUAGCUUUUUGUUUUCAGUCAUUGCUCCUUGGUAUCUUUAUGUCGAUAAAAAUUGUGUCUGAGCCUACUUAAUAUGAUCACCUAGAUCACCCAGAUGUACAUGUAGAUAAUAUGAACACUAUGACUUGUCCCUUAAUUGUCUCCCCUUUUGAAGUUUGCAACAUGUUUGAAAGGCCCUGUAGGCAAUUGUCUCAUUACUGAUUUUGUCACUGAUUGAGGCGACAUUGAGCAUUGUAAGUAUUUUUUCUUUAGGUGGCUGCUCCAGAGAUCAUCAAAAGUACUGAGGAUGGGCUUCAGCAGGCAUUGCUUGAACACAGUUUAUCAUCAUAUUUGUUAGAGCUGGCAAGUAGCAGAGAACAGUUGCUAUUUUGCUACCAAGGUAUGAAUCACAAAGAUGCACUUACAUGUAUUAGUAGAGCCUCGCUAGAUACUUGCUAUAGAAAUUGAAAACUAUCAAUGCAAGAAAAUUUAUAUGAUAUGUCAGUGUCAGCUUCCUGCCCAUCUGCCCAUACAUGUACACACUGUCAGGGAGGGGCAUGGGAGACUGCAAGGAAUGGGACGGGGGUGUCGAAGACAUGCAGUUUGCAUUUGUGUUAGGGAAAAGUUAACUAGCUAACUCACCUAGGGGCAGCCAAAGUAGUUGCUUUUUUUCAGGGCUUUGCUUUUAGCUUGGUCACGCUUUUGGUCAUGCUCAAGGACAAAAUAAUCUACUCUCAGAAUUAUCAAAGUUUUUACAGGUCUCUUCCCCUAACAUUCAAGUUACAUUUACAUUUUAAGAAAACAAGGCCAAAAAAUGCUCAACGUAAAGUUUAUUAAUUGUUACAGAACAGUGGAUUUUAAUGGUUUACAAGAGACAUUAAGAACUUUACCUUGGGACCUGGUUACAUCAGAUACUAGUAUUGAUACAACUUAGAGAAAUUCCUGGAUAUGUUUAAUAUUUUGUGCUAUUGACCAGCACAUAUUACAAAGAACUCUGAAACAGUGUUCUGGGCCUCCUUAGAUUGAUAACAAAACUAUGAAAUUAAUUAGAAAGAAGAAGAGACUUUGGAAAAGUUUGAAGACUAAUGGAUCCACUGAUUUAUUUCUGAAAUUCAAGGAUCUUAGAAGGAAGACCAAGAAACUUAUUAAUUCAAGAUACCAACAGUAUCUUCAGUCUUUGUCUGGAAAACUCCAGGAAAAUCCCAAGCAUUUCUGGGCAUUCUCUAUUCUAUCAAAUCUAAGGCAAAACGAAUUCCUGAAACUGUUAUUUAUGGACACACUAGGUCUAGGGACUUGAAUUCGAAGGUGAAGUUAUUCAAUGUGUUUUUUCAUUCAGUUCACUUGGAAUCUACAAUUGAUGUUAAUCUGUUGGCGACAGAUGUUGUUAAUCCAAACUUGUUAUCUGAAAUUACCACUAUACUGUACAGCUCCAGAGCUUGA